AUGCCUUAUACCUUAGCAACAUUUGCCGGAGAAUGCUACCAGUUCUCGUCUAUCUCUCUGACCCACCAGGAGGCGACCCAGGCCUGCAGUACCAUGAACAGCCACUUGGUGGACCUGAAGGACGAACAGCAGCAGCCUUUCCUGGCUGACAAGAUCGCGGCCACCUCAGCAGCUUCCAACUGGCUGGCAACUAAAUCGGCACCAGUGGCCUUUUUCAACAGCAAUGGAUCUCCUUUUUCAGGCCCGAUCCAGUGGUCUUCCAGUGAACCUGCCGAACCGUGUGACCUGUGUGUUCUCCUGGACAGCUCCGACAACUAUCUGGCCAAGACAGCACCGUGCACGGAGCAGCACAACUACGUCUGUCAGGACGACCUCAAACCAUGUGGACAGAACGUGUGUCAGAACGGCGGAAACUGCACCUCCUGCUUUGACGACUCCGCCGCCUUCUGUGACUGUCCUGACGGGUUUGAUGGCAAGACUUGUGAGAUAAACAUCGACGAGUGCGCCUCCAAUCCGUGCCAAAAUGGCGGCAGUUGUGAUGACGACAUCAACUCCUACAGCUGCCGAUGUCUGACCGGGUUCCAGGGAGACCACUGCGAAUCUGACAUGGACUGGUGCUCCCAAGUCCAAUGCCCGCCAGGAUGGGUUUGUCAGGACUUCACGUUCUACUUCCAAUGCGUUUAUCCUGAUCCCGUCACCAGCAGGAUGGCCGCCUACCAGUGCAGCAGCGCCUCCUGUCCGGACGGCAUGUACUGCACCGAGGAGGGCGUGGCGUCCUUCUCCUGCAAGGCUAAGAAUGUCCAGGAAAUAAAAAUAAUAAUCUCUCGUCUUCUAGGUCAACCCGAGUACCUGACCACUGUCGACAGAUGGUCCUUUUUCAAAGUUCGCGCGGUUGGAUCUCUGUCUAAUAUGAAGGUCAAGGCCACUUGCGAGUCGAUGGGGAUGAGAUUACCGUGCCACCACACAUCAGGUACGGAAGGGUGUACCUACCACUGGACCUCAGACUGCAUCCCGUAUGACGCCGGUGUCAGCUGUUAUACCCACCAGGUCCUCUCGGAAAAACUUUGUGGAACUACGCACGGGUACGGCAGUUACUGUCAGCCCCUUGAUGACACCUUUGUGUACUGCCCUAGCUGCUGGGGUGACGAGGGCAGUGCCUGGGGAGUGGACUACGAAACUCACACCACGGGCCUACAUGGAAAGAACUACAACAACAUGUACGCUCUGUGUGCAGACAUUGACGACUGCUUCUCCUCCCCAUGUGCACACGGAACCUGUACUGACGGCGUGGCGAGUUACACCUGUAGCUGUGAGAACGGCUGGACAGGGACAAACUGUGAUCAAGACAUUGACGACUGCUUCUCCUCCCCAUGUGUACACGGAACCUGUACUGACGGCGUGGCGAGUUACACCUGUAGCUGUGAGAACGGCUGGACAGGGAACAACUGUGAUCAAGAAAUCGACGAGUGUGCGAGCAAUCCUUGUUGGCUGGGAGGGACAUGCCUGGAUCACGUGAACGGCUACAGCUGUGUCUGUCCUAAGGACAAGACAGGAAAGCACUGUGAAACAGGGCUUUUUGACGGAGAAUGCUACGAGUUCUCAACGGUGGCCGCUUCCCACCGUGACGCGACCCUGGCCUGCAGUACCAAUGCCGGCCGCCUGGUGGACGUGAAGGACGACCAGCUGCAGCGUUUCCUGGCUGACAAGAUGGCGGCCACCAGCGGCGUGUCCAACUGGCUGGCGAUGAGAAGUGCCCCGCUGCAGGUUUACUACAGCGACGGAUCUCAGAGUUCUGAUUCCCUUCAGUGGUUGUCAGAAGAACCGUCGUCCCCUCUGGACCUGUGUGUUCUCCUGGACAGCUCCAACAACUACAUGGCAAGGACUGCUUUCUGUACGGAGCAACACAACUACGUCUGCCAGUCUGUCGUGAAGCCUUGUGCCCCGAACGUGUGUCAGAACGGCGGAAACUGCACCUCCUGCUUCAACGUGUCUUUCUGUGACUGUCCUGACGGGUUCGACGGAAGGGCGUGCGAAAUAAACAUCGACGAGUGCGCCUCCAGUCCGUGCCAAAAUGGCGGCAGUUGUGAUGACGACAUCAACUCCUACAGCUGCCGCUGUCUCAACGGCUUCCAGGGAGACCACUGCGAAUCAACCCCAGACUGGUGCGCACAGGACCAAUGCCCGUUCGAUUGGACUUGUGUGGAUCACCUCUAUUACUUCUCAUGUGUUGAUCCGGCGACUGCCAAUCGGAUGGUCCCCUACCAGUGCAGCAGCGCCUCCUGUCCGGAUGACAUGUACUGCACCGAGGAGGGCGUGGCGUCCUUCUCCUGCAAGGCUGUGUGACGUCACGGCCAAACUCCAUGCACGCAACAAACAGCCAAAGGCUGAAAGGCGUGUCCGCCAACAAGCUUUCUCCUGAUUCUGAUUUGAUUAAAGAUGGUAGAGA